AUGGCUUUAUCAUCACUCACUCUCAUCACCAAAAACACCGAAAACAAAGCAGAGAAACUGCCUUUAAAGAGCAUGGACACUCCGGAGGAGAACAAGAAGCCUAUGCGAUCGAAGAACGUAAGUCGAUUCCUUGUUCAACAAGAAAAGAACCCGAGACAAGCCAACAAUUGCACCAGUCACCAUGAAACUUGUUUCCUAGCGAACAAUUCUACGUGCUGCAACAACAAAUGUGUGGACACAAAAACUGAUCAUCAAAAUUGUGGCAAGUGCAAGAAGAUAUGCGAGGUCACAGAAACGUGUUGCGGAGGGAAGUGCGUCAGGCUAGCGUACGAUAAGAAGAAUUGCGGGCGUUGCGAUAACAUGUGUGAUGGGGGUCUUCUCUGUAUAUAUGGAUUGUGUGAUUACCCUUGA